AUGAGUGGAAGUGAACCGACUCUAACAGAGUCGCCAGUGCCCUUAGCUCUGGCUCGUCUCCAGGCUAGACCUGGGAGAAUGCCGAGAGGCUUACGCACCCACCGGCCGAGCCUGCCGCUAGCUAGCCUCCAGGAAGCUAUCGACGAAAGCCCUCGACGUUUCAGCGAAGAAAACUAUACACAAGAUACAGAUGAUGACGACGUCUAUGUUGACGCCGUAGUAGUUAAUGCACCGUCACCGUCAUCAUCCAAUGGUAGGAGAGCUUCAGAUGCAACAUUCGCUGAACGGUACAGAAAAUUGACAGAAUUCGACGGUCCCCCGCCGGACCUGCCUCGCCGGGCCUCACUGGCCGUUCCCGUCGAUGUAGACGGGUACGGGCCCAGUGAUAAAGGCCGCAGGAGGUCCUGGGCUGCGCGACUACAGCUGGAGCGAAAGAAGAGGAGGAAAUCUGGUGGCAAUGACACCGACGAAGAGGGAGACGCACCCGCUUAUGUACGACAGAAACGACCCUCGUGGUGGAAUGUCUUCGUACCGGAUAACAUGCUCAAAAACAGGUCUAGGAGGGCUUCCCAGCAGCUAUCCAGAAGUGCCGAGAGCAUCGACCAGUCCUACAAGAGGUCAAAGAGCCGUUCUGUAGAUCAUGGGUUCGCAGCCCCCUUCGACCUGGAAUCUCUUCGUUCCAAGGUGGAGGGGAGGUUCGAUGCUGUUAAUAAAGAUGAAGAUGAAAACAAGAGGCUGCCUCCGCCGCCGCCUAUCAAAACAAUGACUUAUACGGUGAGAGAUCGCGAUACAUUGACGUCUCUGGCUGCCCGCUUCGACACCACACCCUCGGAACUGACGAAGCUGAACCGUCUCGCCACGCAGUUCAUCUUCCCUGGACAGAGGCUGCUUGUACCUGAUAAGAGAAAAGAUGGCGACAAGGAUGCCGAUGUUCGAUCUGACAGCGAUAACACUUCAGAAUCAACUCAAGCUGCCAGUGAACCAGCUCAGGAGAAAGAGAUCUUGGACAGUCUCCGGCCUGUGUCCCCCGAGGCGCCCGCCAGUAGCGCCCCCCAGCGGUUCCUUAAGAUCAACGUGAGGCACAUCACCGAUGGACAGGGCGUGGUGUCCGGCGUCCUGCUUGUCACACCGAACGCGGUCAUGUUCGACCCCAACGUGUCCGAUACACUGGUGAUGGAGCACGGCCCGGAGUCGUACGGUGUGAUAGCGCCCAUGGAGUACGUCGUGAACGCCGCCAUCUUCUAUGACAUAGCACACAUGAGGACCCACGGACCGGACCACAAUGCGCACAGGUCAAUUAUAACAAAUGAAAUGGCCGAACAAGCCGAAAUAUACUAUAUGAAUAAACCGGAACAUCCUCCUGAGAAAGAUCUAGUCAAAGAGGAAACAUUCCCUGAGCUGCAGGCUGUUGGGGAGUCUGCGGAGCCCCAGAAAACUACAGGGGAGGCUUCAGGGGAGGCUGUGGGGGGUGAGGAAGGGACCCCGAGACGACCUUCCGACGCAGAGGAAAGAGGAGGAGCAGCCUUCCCAAAGGCCUUCGAUAGGGACCUGGUUACCCCCACCCCAAUACAUCAACAAACUACUGAGGAGAGACGGAAAUCGCUACUGGACCAUCACUGGGCUAUACCGAGCAAGGAUAGAAUGUCCAUCGAUCAAGGGAGCGAGGUGUCCUCCAGUGUGGAUCACGGAAAAGAGGAAAGUCUGGAGGUGUCCGUGGCAGAGUGCUCUGAAGGGGAACGUGCUGAUGCAGGGGAGCACGGAGAGGGAGAGGGGGAAGGGGAGGGAGACGGCAGCCAGCAAGGGGACGCCGCGCAUCUCGUGAAGCUCUCCUACCACGACUCGGGAAUCGAUAUACGAGAUCCGCUGUUACACGUCAACACGGCUAACUCCAAGAAGGAGUUGUGUUAUAUUUGUCACAAUAUCGACACAAUUUACGAGUUGCCGGAGACCGCGAUGUCGUACGACUGGCACUGUGACACCACGUAUGAGACCCAGUUCUUGAACUGUUUCGCUGUGUGUCAUGACAGUGACGCUAUGUCGUGUUCCACCGACGAGGUGUACAGCGACGCGGAUAUAGUUCUAUCAGCGGACUGGGUGCCGCCGGUGUGUCUGCCUCGCGCUGAGCCGCCCUUGUCUGCUCCCCCUCUUGGAGAGAAUGAGAGAGCUCGGAAACCAGCAGCUGUCUCUUUCUCACUCGAUGGCAACCAGAAGGAGGAUUCGUCGAAACCGGAGAAGAAGAACAAGGUGGGUCAAGAAAUAUGA